CAAAAACGUAUGUAUAUCCAUGCCUAAAUCUAUAUGGAUAAAAACCUUUUAGCUAUUUUACAAACAUUAUUUGGAUUACCCCACUUUAUAUGGGCCUAGUGAGCGAUUUCUACAAAUACUAGCAUUUAACAUUUACUUGUAUUAUGGUGCUUAUCUAUUGUGUUUAAAGAAACUCACUUAAUCAGUCACGAUGUUCGAUGAUUGUCCAGAUUUGUCUCGUAGAGCAUGACGGGUAAUGCCGCUGCGUGCGUAGAUUGUGACGUGCCUGCGUCAUUCUUCCCGGGUUUUGGAGUGUUCAAUUUCGAAUCGACUCUGAUUCUUUCAUGUUUUCAAGGAGCCGAUUCAGGUUUAAUUUUCUCAAUUCUUAAGAAACAACGAGAUGCAAGUUAAUAGUGUAACUACUCGAAGUAUCGAUUAUUGAAAGUAUGCAUGAAAACACAUCAUUGUCAUGCAUGCCAAUGGAAUGAAUUGCCAUCAUCUUUUGGAGUGGUCUUGUGAUUCCGAAACGGAAAGCCGAUUCUUUUUGAACGGAUUUGGAGUGAGCCUGCACCCAUGAGUUUCUGGUUGAAUUAAAAUGUCCAGAUUAGUGCAGGAACUUUUGUGUUUAAUUCGAAAACCUAAAACCCUUUCGCACAAACGAAAGAUUGUGUUGUGGAUGCAGAAGAAGGGUCUUUUGCACCGGAGAAUGCGAUGCAAAUGCAAAGAAAAAAUGAAACUUGAAAAACAGCCACGUCGAGAUGGAUAUCAUUGGGUUUGCAGACGAUGCCGAGGAGUUACGACAGUUCGUAAGAAUACAAUUUUCUACCAGUCCCGCAGAUCAUUGCAGAACCAUGUAGAAUUCAUCUACAGGUUUUCCCAAGGUCUAAGAAUGAGACAGAUAGACCUGAUGGAGGAUGGUGUGGCUUCAAGCAGCAGAACUUUAUCUCGAAUGACUGUAGUAGUGAGAAAGGUCUGCAUACGGGCAGUAAAGAAACUUGGGCACCUAGGACAAAUGAAAGUUGGAGGUCAUCACUGCUUUGUCCUCAUAGAUGAGAGCAAAUUUUCACAUAAGAGAAAGUACAACCGUGGCAGAUUUGGUUCUGCUUGGCGACGCAACAAAAAAUGGGUUUUAGGCAUACUAGAAGUUGAGCAGACAAGAAGAAAACCCAUUCUCAAAGUGGUAAGAAGACGGUCAAAAAAUGAACUCUUGCCAAAUAUUUUGAAGCAUGUCCGGAGAGGCUCCAGUAUAAUUACUGAUGAAUGGCGAGCUUAUCGCAGGGCUUUGACACAGGCAGGCUAUGACCAUCACACAGUGUGCCACAAGAGGAAUUUUGUUGAUCCAGUAACAAGAGCACAUACACAACAUUUGGAGCGUGCCUGGAAGACGUACAAAAUGGAUAUAUGGCGCCACCGUGGCAACAGGACAACUAAACUUUUGAAAGAGCACCUCAAGGUCAUUGAAUGGGAAUACUGGCUUGCCAGGAACCAUCCCUCACACAUUCUUGGCCGCCUUAUACAUGACAUUAGAAAAUACAACUUACAUGAAUGUAGUUAACCAGCCUGUAAAGAAACAGAACUUUGUGCACCGCCAACUGUUUAUAACUCUUUAUAUUGGUUAAUUAAAUGUAUGUGGUAAAACCUUGUAAUUUUACAGUUUUAAUGAAUAAAACAUGAUUUGCAUUGG